AUGUCUGAACAGAAAAAAAGAAAAGUAGAGACCAGUAAUGAUCCCAAUGUAUGGCUGAAGUGGUACCAUGAACUAAGUGAUGAAAGUGAUCUGAGUGAAAGCUCUAAGGAUGAAGAUGAAAGUGACAAAGAGGAAGAAAAUAUACUGACAGAGAGUGAGCAUAAUACAGAAUCGGAACAAGAGGUUGCGGAAAGUGAAGAAGUUGAAAGUGACGAAGACGUGCCUUUAGAUUCUUCUAGUUUCUACAUUUGGAAGGACAAAAUAACGAAAUGGAGAAAAGCGAAUCCUCCAAGAAAUGUGAAAACAAGGUCCCAUAACAUUAUUAUUCAUUUACCAGGACCCAAAGGUGAAGCACGAGAAGUGAAAACAGAAGUAGCAGCUUUAGAACUCUUUUUAGACGACAAUAUUCUCAAAACAAUUACAGCGUGCACUAAUAUUUAUAUAGAGAAAACACGUCAAGAAUUUACAAGGGACAGAGAUGCAAGGAGUACUGAUGAGAUAGAAAUAAGGGCAUUUUGGAUUGUUGUUCCUUAUAGGCACCAUGAGAUGUUCUCGUAA